AUGGCGAAGAGAAGCUUUCUGGAAGAGCUGAGGAAAGAUCCUUUGGACACGCCGACCGUUUUCCUUCGCCCCGACUACGCUGCACUUGAAUUUGACAAGGAGCAGAGAAAGAAGCUGAAGAACAGCAAACGUCCAAGAACGUCGACCGAACCACCGCUUACCGAAAGCCAGCUCCCGGACCCCUCUUGGAAGCCCCUUAAUGGCAGGGUGCCUCGUAUUCCCAAAUCGCCACGCGCUGUAACACCACUAUCUCCUGUUUUGAAUGUUCCCUCUGUGAAGAAUGACGACCUGGAUGCCAACUUGGCCUUGAGCCCUCUGACGGAUUGGACACCAGCUGUGGGGUCCCAGCAACCUCCUUCCUCCCCUCAGGCUUCCCACAACGACAGCAUCCAGUCUCUUUCCCAGCCUGAUUCUCAGAACACCGGUCCUUACUGUCCCUUUUGUGUUCCAGCCGGCCACGAGAACUUUGCGAGUAUCUUCGAAGACCCCGAGGCUUCUUGCUGCCAGGCCCACUACGAAAAGGUCGUUUUCGAGAUUCAAAUGCGGCUUAUGCGACUCGACUCAGAUAUCAGGGCCGCUGAUGCUCACAGGGCCAUCCUCAGCCAGGAGCGGGACCACUACCAUGCACUACUCCAAGACCGGCAUCGUUUUCGGUAA